GUGCCGAAGAAUGAAAACCGUGGCUUUUUCUUCAUGGAUCCUCUCAGUCUAAAGGCCUCCAAAAUCUAUGAGGUCUCCUCUACCGACUCGCUCGAGUUCGCUCGCCUGACUCGGGCACUGACUCGUUCAUCACUCAUUGGACUCGACGCCGAAUGGAAGCCCAUCCAGAACGCUACGCAGAAGUCCACUUUCCCAAACGUAUCCCUUCUUCAACUUGCGUGUCGACUCGCCGGUCGACUCGAUGAUGACUCGGACGAGAAGGACGGUGACGACGACGAGUCGGUGGUUUUCUUGCUGGACCUGUUUUCGAUUCCUCUAACAGCAAUAUGGGAAUUGCUGAGGGACGUGUUUGUUUCCCCUGAUAUUCUGAAACUGGGUUUUAGAUUUAAGCAGGAUUUGAUAUACCUGUCAUCCACUUUCAGCUCACAUGGCUGUGCUCCUGGGUUUGACAAGGUGGAACCCUUCUUGGAUAUUACAAGCAUAUACAAUCAUCUACAACAUAAGGAACCUGGAAGGAAAAUGCCAAAGGAUAUCAAGAGUUUGGCCACUAUCUGCAAAGAAGCGUUGGGAUUUUCUCUUUCAAAGGAACUUCAAUGCAGUGAUUGGUCACGUCGUCCUCUUACUGAAGCACAGAAAGCAUAUGCAGCUCUGGAUGCACAUUGCUUGCUUGAUAUAUUUAAAGUCUUCCAAACCAAAGUCAUCACAGAAGGGAAUUUAAAUCAUGAGCUUAGUGAGACGCAUCCGUCUAAUGUGAAUAUUGGGUUGAAAGAAAUUCUCGAGAAGGAUGAUGGCUGUGAUAAAAUUUCAAGGCUAAAAUUUUCUGAAGCAUUGCAUAUAGUUAGAGCUACUGCUUCUUCUGAUGUUUUUCAAAAGAUAGCUACAGUUGAUGGACUGGUCCUGAAGUCUCGACAAAGGAGUACCUUGCCUAUGGAUGAAUCCCUGUUGAAGAUUGUAAAAAAAUAUGGUGAAAAAAUUUUGCUGAAAGAAUCUGACAAGAAGCCAAAAAUUACCAAAAGGAAAGGCAAAAAACGAUCGUCAGUGGGUUUGAUUUGCAAAGAAAAGCGACCAGAAGCUUGUGAUGAACGGCAAGGACCUCCACCAUGGGAUUUGACCUUGGGGGGUAAUGGAUGCCCAAAAUUUUUAUGUGAUGUGAUGGUUGAAGGCUUGGCGAAACAUUUAAGAUGUGUUGGAAUUGAUGCUGCAAUCCCACACUCAAAAAAGCCCGAUUCCAGAGAGUUAAUAGAUCAUGCGAAGAGAGAGAAUAGAGUGCUCUUGACACGGGAUGCAAAGCUGCUGAGACAUGAAUAUAUAAUUAAAAAUCAAAUAUAUAGGGUGAAGAGUCUUCUGAAAAAUGAGCAGCUACUUGAGGUGAUAGAAACUUUUCAACUGACAAUUAGUGAAGAUCAGUUGAUGUCAAGGUGCACCAAAUGCAAUGGUAGAUUUAUUCAAAAGCCCUUGUCAACUGAAGAAGCAAUCGAAGCGGCAAAAGGUUUCCAAAGAAUUCCUAGCUGCUUGUUUGACAAGAAUUUAGAAUUUUGGCAGUGCAUGGAUUGCAACCAGCUCUAUUGGGAGGGAACCCAAUACCACAAUGCAGUCCAGAAGUUCAUCAAUGUUUGCAAGUUGAAUGAGUGACUUAAAGUUCAUAAUCAUUGUUGUGAACUAUCAACUGUGUAACUAUCCAAUUUCUGCCACACAAAAUUGGGCAAAAGUCUCUUUCAGUCAUGUUUUGUAAUAUAUAUCAUUCAUUAUAUUAAAGUAAUAUAUUUUUUU